UUUUUAGGUGCAGAAACACUUGAUUCAAGCUAUUCAUGGAUUCAGUAGUUUGGCUAGAUGAGUUUCAACCUUGUUCCAAUUUUCCAGAUGCAGGAAAUAUAUGGGGCAUCUGGUUAUUUCAUGGAGGCUGAAAGUACCAAACAGAAGAAACAACUGGGGACUAAAAGACUGACAGAAGUCUCUGUGAGUGAUAAGCUGGAGGAGUCCCGUGCAUCAAAGGAGCAUUUUAGAGGAUUAAGUUUCCCAACUACCUCUUCUGUUGGCUCAAAUGCAGCCAUUAUCCACUAUAAACCUGAGGCAGAAACAUGUGCUGAACUCGAUCCAGAUUGUAUUUACCUAUUCGAUUCUGGAGCACAGGUAUGUGAGAACGUUCUUAAAGGACGUAUAUCUUUGGGAAUUGCCAGGUCUCCUAACGGAACCAAUGUUUUUGCUCGAAUUCCUUUGUGGAAAGAUGGUCUUGACUAUAUGCAUGGUACUGGACACGGGAUCGGGUCUUACUUAAAUGUUCAUGAAGGACCUCAUAAUAUUAGUUUCAGGCCAUCUGCACGGGAUGUGACGCUACAAGUUUCAAUGGCUGUAACAGAUGAACCUGGUUAUUAUGAAGACGGGAACUUUGGUAUAAGAAUAGAGAAUGUUCUUAUUGUCAAGGAGGGCAAUACGAAGUUCAACUUUGGCAAUAAGGGCUACUUAUCAUUUGAGCAUAUAACUUGGGCACCAUACCAGAGGAAACUAAUUGACGUGAACCUUCUGAUUCCUGAAGAGAUUGAAUGGUUAAAUGAAUACCAUGCAAAAUGUAGGGAAAUUCUUACUCCUUACCUGAAUACAUCUGAGAUGGAAUGGCUGAAGAAGGCUACCGAACCCAUUGCAGCUUGACAUGCCUCAUUUGUUAGGGGAUUGGAGUUGAGGUUAAUCAAAGGCUACUGAUCCUUUUCCAGCUUAAGCCCUUCAUCAUAUGUAGUUAAAUCAUGAAGAUGCGACAAGUCUAUGGUGCGUUUCGACAGAGUUAAUACCGUAACUCAUUUUUGCGGGCUCGCUUGUUUUAUUUAUUCAUCUCCUUCCCCUCACUAUACAGCUCCCAUUAUCUUUGAACUCUUUCAUUAAUUGGUAACAAUUACAACACUCUGAAAUAAAAUCUCCAAACAACGGUACAUAAUGUUUCUAAAGGUAAACAUACAGCUGGAAUCUAAUUUAAAGUCCUUAGCUUUUAACAGAAA